AUGUCUCGACUCCAAAUAACCAGGUUUUGUCUUGCAAAGACGCCAUGUCUGCCAAGAUUGCAAGGAGUGCCGAGCCGCCUUGUCGCUCGCGCUGCCUUCUCUACCUCGUCACGCCGGCAAUUGAUGGAGACAACGGGGUUCACCGAUGAACAACUCACCGUCCGCGAGGCGAUCUCCAAUAUCUGUGCCAAGUUUCCGAACACGUACUGGCAAGAGCAUGAUCAACAGGAGAAAGACCCCAAAGAGUUCCACGCGGCAUUGGCCAAAGAUGGCUGGCUUGGGAUUGCGCUGCCCGAAUCCCAUGGAGGCGCUGGCCUCGGUAUCUCGGAGGCGACUAUGAUGAUGCAGACUAUCACCCAAUCCGGGGCAGGCAUGGCCGGCGCGCAAGCCAUUCACGCGAACGUGUACGCGACCCAGCCCCUAGCUAAAUUUGGCACCAAAGAACAGCUGGAGACCACCAUCCCCAACAUCAUCAAUGGAACCUGGCGGACCUGCUUCGGCGUGACGGAGCCAAACACAGGCCUCGAAACCCUGAAGCUGAAAACCCUCGCCACCAAAACCGCAGAUGGGUACUCCAUCACGGGCCAGAAGAUUUGGAUCACCUGCGCGCAGGUGGCAUCCAAGAUGAUCCUGCUAGCUCGCACGACUCCGCUGGAGGAAGUGAAGAAGUCCAGCGAAGGCUUAUCGCUUUUCUGCAUCGAUCUCAACCGCGAUCAGCCGGGUCUGGACAUGCGGAAGAUCAAGAAGAUGGGCGGCCGCGCCGUGGACGCCAAUGAAGUCUUCUUCGACAACUACCAAAUCCCAGCCGAUGCCUUGAUCGGCGAAGAGAACCAGGGCUUCAAGAUCAUCCUUCACGGCAUGAAUGCCGAACGCUGUCUGCUCGCGGGCGAGGCCCUCGGUCUGGGCUAUGCUGCUCUCGAGAGAGCAUCGCAGUAUGCGCGGGAGCGUGUCGUCUUUGGACGGCCAAUUGGCCAGAAUCAAGGUGUCGCUCAUCCUCUGGCUGAUGCUUAUAUGAACUUGGAGGCUGCUAAGCUGGCUACGUACCACGCGGCUCGGCUCUAUGAUAAUAAUGAUGGCUCCGUGCCCUUCCACUCGAUUGGCGUUGCGUGUAACAGUGCAAAGUACUUGGCUGCGGAGGCAGCAUUUAAGGCUUGCGAACGGGCGGUUUUGGCUCAUGGUGGCAUGGGUUAUGCGAUGGAAUUUGAUGUUGAGCGCUACCUCCGGGAAUGCUUGGUUCCUCGAAUUGCUCCGGUCAGUCGGGAAAUGAUCUUGAAUUAUAUCAGCGAGAAGGUGCUCGAGAUGCCUAGGAGCUACUGA